GAAUUCUGUUUUCUUCAGAGUCUUAUACGGAGGAAAGAAAUGAAGUAAGCUUUCUCGUUUACGGUUUCUGUAAUAACUUAAUUGCCCAUAUAAUCGAAAAUGAAUUAUUUGACUUCUCGACGUGCGGCAGGGUGCCCAGAAUAUAGGGGGCAGUGACCUUCAGGAAGAGUGGUGAUGUUAUUGCAAAAAGUUUGCAGGAGAUUCCAACCAGCUUUUGUUAGAAAUCAUGGAUCAACAAUUCUGCCUGCGAUGGAACAAUCAUCCGACUAAUCUUACAGACGUAUUGAGCAAUUUGCUACAUAGACAGGCCCUUGUUGAUGUUACCCUGGCCUGUGAAGGUGAAACGUUUAAAGCGCAUCAGACAAUCCUAUCAGCCUGCAGCCCUUACUUUGAAAGAAUUUUCCUACAGAAUACUCAUCCUCAUCCAAUAAUAUUUCUGAGGGAUGUCCAUUACACAGAAAUGAGGGCCUUAUUGCAGUUCAUGUAUAAGGGAGAAGUGAACGUUAGUCAGAGUUUGUUACCGAUGUUUUUAAAAACUGCCGAAGCUUUGGAAAUUAGCGGUUUGACGCAAGGUGCUGUAAAGAAACCCGAAGACAGGACAAGUCCCACUCCCGCCGUCUCUCCAGCAAGAACAACGAUCGAAGAACGAAGUAGUGCCGGUAGUCCACCACCAGAGAAAAGGAAAAGAAAGACUUCUGGAAGUUGUGAAGUUCCCAUGACUGGGAACAAUAAUGAACGAUUCCUGGGAGAUACACAGAUGCCCCCACAGUGUAGUUACAAAACGAGCAGUGCGCCAGCUCCUCUACCUAAACUCCACCCCAUAUCAUCAGAAGUAGAUGAAGUUGUGGAUAUUGCAUCAUCACCUCCACCAAUCAAGGAAGAAGUUGACUCAAGUCCACAACCUGAUUUUAAGGAGUCUUUCCAUAAUGCUGGAGACAUAAAACCACCUCCUGUUCUGCCAACCGUUUUGAGCCAUCAUGACGAUCUGUCACUGCAGGCUCCCCCCAGUGCAGGAGGUGCAGGUCAGUCGGAUGGAAGUGAGCAUGAGCAGGGUCCCUCCUCUCAAGAUACCAUGGAUGGACUUGAUGGUCAUCAGCUUCCCUUGUAUCACAGUAUAUAUGAAGCUGUCCCAAAUCACUUUAAUCUGUGGAAAUGUCAACUCUGUGGGAAGGAAGUUACAAAUCGAUGGCAUCACUAUCACAGUCAUGGAAUUCAAAGAUCACUUUGUCCUUAUUGUUCUGCAUCAUAUAGUCGCAUUGACACAUUACGAAGCCAUAUCCGUCAGAAGCACAGAGACAUUCUAGACCAAAAGUCAAGUGAAUACUGUAAUCUAGCCUCAUAACAAAUGUGCACAUAACUUGUAUUUCUAUUAAUUUCUUGAAAUAUAAUUAUCAGUAUAUCUCAACAUUAUGCAAUCUAUGACCUGUACUUUUUCUGCCACAUAUUUUAACACUCGAAUGAGGAAUAUCUGAAAUGUCUGUGAUAUUUUUAAAAACUGAGUACUAUUUAGUGUUACUGAUGUAGAUGAUUUGCAUUAAUAGGACACCAUUGUUCUAAAUUGUGGACAGUACUUAGGCACAUGCAGUACUGGUGCACGUGAUGAGUCUUUAACUGUAUAACGUUACUGGACAGGAAGUAUCAUAACUGUAUCAAUAGAUCAUUGAUGUACGUCAUUUUGUAUUGCUAUAUUAAAAGAAGAUGUUUGAAAAUGACAAGUAGUACUAACAGUAAAUGCAUUCUCUUUUUAUGUGGUAGUGUUUUAACUGAUUGUGUAUUAAUUACUUCACAAGUUUUAUAUUGACAAUGAGACUAUAAUUAACAGAUUUGAUGUAUGAUAGAUGAUGUUGAUUGGAAAAUUUUGUCUGUAUUACAAUCUUUAUAGUUUUGAUAGUGCCAAUACAUAAUAUAUUUAUCA